AGUUACGGUCGACGUUUAUGGUUACGGUGUGAUCAGUUUGAUCAGUCUGUUUCAACAGUUUGUGGUGUAAAGAACUGUGCACUAUUAAACGGAAGUCACUUGAUUAAAUUUUUUAAGUUGCUUUUAGAAAACAUACAUUCGUAAGCGUACGCAUUGAGCGAAUCGUUAUUAAAAAAAGUUAAUACCUAAGUUGUAGGCGAAGUGGCAAAGUUCACAUAAAAGCAAAAAACCACACAAAAAACAAAAAAUACAAAGUUCCUCGAAUUGGUUUGAAUGUGGACUUUAGAACCGUUAAAUAUUUAAGCGAAUUAGCAAUUUCUGGAUAUUUAAAUUGCGCGAUGCAAAGACUGAUAAAACCUAAAUGUAAUUGGCUGCAAAUGAAGUGCGGUGUAAAUUGAGCAACAAUUGUCUCAGCGCGACUUGUUGUUUGCGCAUCGAUACCGGCUAAUAUCACAACGGCAGCGUGAUUAAUUGCGGUCGAACAGCUGCUCAUACAGAGCGCAGCCCAACAACAAUUGAGCCUCACGUGGAUAAGCUCAUAGGGAUUUAUUCGAAUUUACUUGGAUUAGUAUGCGGUGUGGUUGCAAAUUAAUUGCAACCAAUAAAACCAUCAAAACGGCGAACCAAAGCGAAUUUUUGCACACCAAAACGCACCCACGCUUGUCUGCAAGCGUGUGGUCACCUACCAAUGCAAUAGAAGCAGCAACAGCAGCAGCAGUCACACAAACACACACACGUACAAAGAAAAAUCUCAGCAGACGGAGAAGCAGAAGCUGUCUCGUUCUCUUACAAAAUCUCACUUAUAUAAUGACUUUAGUAACAGUAUUCGCAAGCGCACUGGCGUUGCCCACCCCCAAAGUAUUCACAUACCCACCUUCCAUACAACCAACAACACCACCAAUAGUGACAGCAGCAACAAAGGCCGCCACAACGCAAAACACAGUGCCGCAUAGCCGCAAUACGAUCGACGUGAGCAGCGGCACAGUCUACACGGCGGCGCAGACACCUUCGGAUGGGUCGCGACUGCGUAAACGACAUAGCAAACGGCAUAGUAAUUGGUAUGACUUUAUUAAUUUCAAUGAGAAUAUAACCGAAUUGGAAUGGGUGAAUCCGUGUGGUGGUUUCUACGUGCCGUCGGCGAUGGAGGGCGGACGGGCAAUGCGGCGGAAGAGUCCAAAGCAGAUCUUGAAUAUGCUUAAAAAGGCAGCUGGCAAUGAGUAUAAAAUGUUGAAAGCCGGCCAGCAGGAUAUUGAUAUAAGCAAUAUUGAAAUUUGGUCGCUGCACAAUAAGACUUACAAAUUUCUGCCGAAACUGAAGAGCAACUCAACGAUCGCGCUGAAACGUUGGUACCGCAACAUACAAUCGUACAUCGCUUCGUUCGCUUAUCUGCGUCGCAUUCAACGCGCCUGGGACAUGAGUAAGCUGCAGCGUGAGAAUAAGACCUCACGUGAAUUGAAGUUCUUGCUCUUCAGCUCGCGGCGCAUCCUAUGCGAAAUAGAGACAGCUAUCAAUGAUACAAUGCCCGUGCCGCGCACAGCACGCGGCAUACGCCUACCGCACGUGACGCGCAACCAAAUGAACAAACGAUUGAAGCUCUACACAAAGCGACGUGCCGAACGCAAUCCGAAAGUGUUGCAGGAGGCGAAUACCAUCGAUUUAAUGUGGGUCAAAUAUUAUUACUAUGAAUUUUUGGAGACAAUGUGGAAGGUGUUGCGUCAGAAAACGAAGAGACGCGGUCAAGUGGCGUUAGCGCAAAAUCCAAAAGCUUACAAUGAGGUAGAGAAGCAUUUCGGCAGCAUUGCGGCGGCGGCGGGGGCAGAGCAUGAAACGGCAGUAAGAACUAACGCCGAUGGCAGCAGUAAGAAGCGUAGUAAAGGGCGUUUGGCGCAGCUGAGGCGGGGAAAUGUGGGCAGUAAUAGGGGGAGCGCCAGCAGCCGUCGCAGAGGUACUAGGGGUGGUGAUAGUGGCAACAAAAGCCGUUUAGCGCAUACGCGUGACAGCUGAAUUUAAGCAAGGCGGAAAUUAUUCAAUCAAUUUUAUAUUUAUUUUUUUUUAUUUAUUUAAAAGUUUAAAUGGCUAACUACUUUUGAGCCUUGCUUUUCGCGUAUGUAUGUAUGUUAGUAUGUUACUUAAUUUCAUAGAAAAAGUGCGGGGUAGGAGGGGGUGAAUAUGAAUGCUACAAAAUGUUGCUUAAAUUAUUUAGUUUUGUUAGUUUUAUUAGGUAUUUAACGCUUAGCAUUCCUUAUGGUAAGAAAAAAGUAUUUACUUAGGUAUUUAAGUGUAUGCAAUCGAAACACAUACACACACACACACAUACAAGUGUAUAGACAAACGCAGUCACGUAGAUAAAUACGCGCCCACCCGCGUGUCAAUAUGUCGGCAACUAUUAAGUACAACUACAACUAUUCACUAAAAAUAAUGCAAACGCAACACUGAAACACUAUUUAUUCAACUAUAAAUUGCAUGCACACAACAAAAACAAAAACAACAACAACUCGCCUGCUACAUACGUAUUUAUUUAUUUAUUAUAACAUUCCGCCUCAUAAAUAGUCUCAGUGUUAGGCGUCACACAUCUUACAAGCGCACAAGUUCAAGUUCAAUGUCAGCAAAAUAGCAAAACGCAGCAGAAAACAACAACAAAUAUGGAAAAUCAAAAACACAUUUCCAUGCGCUGCUGAAUUGAAUUGAAUCAUUCCAUUUUCGUUUUCAUUUUCAUUGGCAUUAGCAUUUGCAUUUUUCACUUUCAGUUUCAUGCAAAACUUGUAUGCAAACAACUACAACUACAACCAUAACAAAAACAAACAAAUAAACAAACAAAUACAAUUUAAUAGUUGUAGUAUUCUAGUCAACACAUCAAACCGUCUCAAUUACAUUGAUAACGACAUACACACCCACACAUGCACGCCCCCACUCACACUCACACACACAUGCAUACUCACUCAUAUCUUAUUAAGCCUCUCUCCCUUGUGCACCGCAAGCAGCUUGACUGGUUCCUAUUUUAUUUAAAAUAACUGAUUAGAAAUUGCAUACACAUACACGCACACACAUACCUAGGAAUAUACGAAUAUGCAUUGAAGCAUGCACAAAAGCUUGAGAAGCUUUAUGAGCACGUGAGCAGAGGCGCGUUAUGUGCGCUAAGUAGGCGAAAAAAACGUGAAUAAAAAAUGUGUGUUAAUGAACUUAUGAUUUGCUAUUUGAGUUAAAUGAAAUAAUAAUUAGAGGGAAUAAUAAUUCAAUAAUAACAAAAUCCUAAUGCGCUCGAGUUGUCCAUUGCUUAGAAAAAUUAAAAGCAAAUUUACAAGCCAAAAUUGAGAGGCGUGUGAUAAAGGCAAAGCAAAAGGGGUAGCAAAGAAAAAUAUCGAAUAUUAGAAAUAAUUACCUCUAGAGUUCUUUAAAUUUGUAUUAAAAGGACAAUUAAAAACGGACGGUUAAAAAAAUGAUCGAAAACUUAAUUUAACAAGCUCAAGGCGGUUGAAUUCAACCAUUUCAUCAUAGUUAAAAACAAACAAAAAAAAAAAAUUUUUUUAAUCAAAAUUUAUAAGUAGGUACAUUUAUCAUCAGUAUUAAAAUUAAAAUUUUUUUUUAAUCAAAUGUUACAAAUUUGGCAAAAAACAAAAUUAAUUUUUUUAUUUGAUAUAAUUGUAAAAUUAUAGUUCUUAAAGUAUGAACAUUUUAUUUCAAUUUAAGAAAGAUGUUUAAGGAAAUCAGAGAACCCGACUUUGCGCCUUUGCUUCUAAAAAUAUUUUCAUACACAUAACCCGUGGCCUACUGGCUUUUGGGGUUAAAUUAAUGCAUUUGAAAACAUUGAAUCAGAAUUAAAAACAAAAAGUUUUAUAAAAUCUUUCGUACAAAAUUUUUUAGCAC